ACGCAACCUUCUUCCCUCAACCCUCCCCUCCCUCCCAGGAAGACAGACAAACAAAUCCGUCAAGAUGGCCCCCUCCAACCUGCCCUCCGUCUUCAACGCCACCAGCCAGGACAUUGAGAUGCUCCUGGCUGCCCAGUGCCACCUGGGUAGCAAGAACCUCCAGGUUCACAUGGAGAACUACCUCUGGAAGACCCGUGCUGACGGUGUCAACGUUCUCAACGUCGGCAAGACCUGGGAGAAGAUUGUCCUGGCCGCCCGCAUCAUCGCCGCCAUCGACAACCCCGCCGAUGUCUGUGUCAUCUCUGCCCGUCCCUACGGACAGCGUGCCGUCCUCAAGUUCGCUUCCCACACUGGUGCCACUGCCAUCGCCGGUCGCUUCACCCCCGGUUCCUUCACCAACUACAUCACCCGCUCGUUCAAGGAGCCCCGUCUGAUCGUCGUCACCGACCCUCGCACCGACGCCCAGGCCAUCAAGGAGGCUUCCUACGUCAACAUCCCCGUCAUCGCCCUCACCGACACUGACUCCCCCACCGAGUACGUCGACGUCGCCAUCCCCACCAACAACAAGGGUCGCCACGCCAUCGGCUGCGUCUGGUGGAUGCUCGCCCGUGAGGUCCUCCGCCUCCGCGGCACCAUCUACAGCCGCGAGACCCCCUGGGACGUCAUGGUCGAUCUUUACUUCUACCGCGACCCCGAGGCCGAGGCCGAGGAGAAGGUCGAGGAGGAGAAGGUCCCCGGCGCCGAGGAGGAGGGCCCCGCUGCCAUCGAGUCCGGCUUCGCUGCUACUGGUGGUGACUGGGAGGCUCCCGCCGCUGGCUUCGCUGGUGCCACCGGUACCGGCUGGGACGGCGCUGCCGGUGACGAGUGGGGUGCCGCUCCCGCCACCACUGAGUGGGCUGCUUCCGCUGCUCCCGCCGCUGCCUCCGGCGAGGCUGCCAAGGAGACCACGUGGUAGGGUAACGAGGCUCCUGGCGACAACGAGGAGGUCGACGCCACUGCUGCUGCUGGACAUGGAGGCGCAGAGGUUGAAUACCUUCCUCCCGCCGACAUUGAGUGGUGAAGAACAAAAGAAAAAAAUUUACUAGGGAACGGUUGUCUAGUCACAUACGUGUGACGGGCAGGAGAAACAAUGGCGAAAGUGGUUCAAUCAAACUAUUCGGCGGCGUUUUUUCGACAAAGCUCUGGCUGACUUUUACAAAACAAACAUCUUGGGACUGAGGUUCAACCAUGGUGGUGCUGAUGAGGGAAAGAUACUAUCCUCCCCUUUUUUUCUUUGAUCCCUUUUUUUUCAUCUCUCCUUUCGCGUGUGUAUGUUCGCCCAAGGUUGAGGAGAAAGAGGGUGAGAGGGGUGGAGAGGGAAAGCCCUGUACCGCCAGGGGGGAUGGACUUGAUCGUUAUCCCGCCUUUGUUCUGCGGUUUUGAUGCGAGAGAAGCUAAAUACGAGUCGUCCAAGCUGAGUUAAAAACCAUGAAAAAAAGAUGAAAGGUG